GGCGUCGCUUGCGCGCGCACAGUCGGCGGCCGCGCGCAGCACGCUCGGGGCCCGGAUGGCGGCGGCGGCUGGGAGCGGGACGCCCCGGGAGGAGGAGGGGCCCAGCGGGGAGGCGGCUGCUCCGCAGCCCCAAGCCCCGACGAGCAUGCCCGGUGCUCGUCUCUCGAGGCUGCCUUUAGCGCGAGUGAAGGCUUUGGUGAAGGCCGACCCCGACGUAACCCUCGCGGGACAGGAAGCCAUCUUCAUUCUGGCACGAGCCGCGGAACUGUUUGUGGAGACCAUUGCAAAAGAUGCCUACUGCUGUGCUCAACAAGGAAAAAGGAAAACCCUCCAGAGGAGAGAUUUGGAUAAUGCAAUAGAAGCUGUGGAUGAAUUUGCUUUUCUGGAAGGAACUUUGGAUUGAUGGCUGAGCUCGGCAGUUCUGUGAGCUUUCACCUGCAUCCUCUGGCCAGCCCCUCUCCUGCAGGCCUCUGCCUUGAAGAACAGACUAUUUGGAAUAUUGUACUUACAUGCUUUUCCUGUUCUGCCAUCAUCUAAACUGGGAUAAGCAGAGAUCUCACCUGUUAGCUUUUCUUUACAAGGUCUUCCACUACUAUGUCUUCCAUUUCAGGCUUGGAUGCAGCCUCUGUUGAGGCAGAGGAAAAGAAAAUGAUUUGUGUAGGUUGCCUAAUGAAUGAUGAGGACCAUAAUAAAGGUCUCUGAUCAGUUUCAA